AUGUACGUGAGCUACCUAUUGGAUAAGGACAUGAGCAUGUACCCCAGCUCCGUGCGCCAUUCUGGCGGGCUCAAUUUGGCGCCGCAGAACUUCGUCAGCCCCCCGCAGUACCCGGACUACGGAGGUUACCACGUGGCGGCUGCGAACUUGGACAGUGCCCAGUCCCCCGGCCCCUCUUGGCCCUCUCCUUACGGUGCUCCUCUCCGGGAGGACUGGAAUGGCUACGCGCCGGGAGCCACUGCUACAGCCAAUUCUGUGGCGCACGGUCUCAAUGGGGGUUCCCCUGCCGCAGCUAUGGGAUACAGCAGCCCAGCCGAUUACCACUCACAUCACCACCCGCACCACCACCCUCACCAUCCAGGCACUGCACCCUCUUGCGCCUCGGGGCUACUGCAAACACUCAACUCCGGGCCGCCCGUGGCCGCUGCCGCAGAACAGCUUUCUCCAGGCGGCCAGCGGCGCAACCUGUGUGAGUGGAUGCGGAAACCGACGCAGCCCUCCCUGGGCGGCCAGGUUAAAACCAGGACGAAAGACAAAUACCGAGUCGUGUACACUGACCACCAGCGGCUGGAGCUAGAGAAAGAAUUUCACUAUAGCCGGUAUAUUACCAUCCGGAGGAAAGCGGAGCUGGCGGCCACACUGGGACUAUCUGAGAGACAGGUUAAAAUCUGGUUUCAAAACCGAAGAGCCAAGGAAAGAAAAAUUAAUAAGAAGAAAUUGCAGCAGCAACAGCAGCAGCAGCCCCCUCCACCUCAGCCACAGCCCCAGCCUGGUGCUUUGAGAAGUGGCCCAGAGCCACUAAGUCCAGUAGCUUCCCUGCAAAGCUCAGCACCAGGGUCUGUCCCUGGAGUUCUGGGGCCUGCUGGAGGAGUGCUGGCCCCCACCAUCACACAAUGACCCACAUUGCUGAGACAGUCACAAGACUGGAGUGGUUCCAGGCUGGGUGUGGGAAGGAACACUGGGGAGGACUGACUUCUGCCCUAAUUUGAAGAUGGUACCAUCCCCAUUGUAACACCCACCUGUCUGUCCUCCCAGGUGAAAAAGGGACCCAGAAUAAGUGGGCUGGGGAAUCCCAUAGAAGUUAGCCUCUGAUAACUGACUUUUCAUGACUCCUUCCAUUCUGGGGAAGCAAAUGCUGGGCACCAGGACUCCAUGGUGUUGGCAAAGCAAAAUAGACAUUGCUUUUGGUCUUUUCUCUCUGCUCCUUAGCACCUUCAGCUUCCAAAUUCUAAAGGCUUCACUCCCAACAGGAAGCUGAGCAGAUCCAGUGGACAGAAAGUGUUGGGUGCCAUUCGUGACUUCUCUCACUCCCUCCAAGGACAAGGAGGCCCAUUUGUCUUGAUUCAGAAGAUUUGGACUCAGAAGCCAGAGCAGAGAAAGACAGAAAACUGUACCUUAGAGGCAGCUGAACCCAAAGUGAUUGGUGUCUCCUUCCUCCUCAUUCUCUCCCUAAACCAAAACAGGGAGGGGAGAGUUGUGGGGAGGUAUUCUUGGCUCCAGACAUUGGGAGAAACACAGCCUGGAGAACUGGGCAUUGUUUAGAAAGCCUGUCACCCUAGCCUCUCCAGGCUGAAUGUAUGUUUGGUGUCAUAAAUGCCAGAGUCAACCUGGCUUUCCUGUCGUUUUCACAAACUUGAGGCUGGCCUAGAGAUUUCUUUGUUAUUGCUCUUUCACACAUGGGAGCCCUACCACAAUAUUCUAAAGUUAUUCUGGAUUGAGGAGGGGGAAGAGAAGUGAAAAGAUAUAAAGGAAUGGGAGAAAGGGUGGGGGAGUGGAGAAAGGGAAAGAACACUGAAACACAUCUGAAUAUUUUCUAAAAAAAGAAAAAAGAGAUAAAUGAGCUUGCCAGACUUCAGACUCCUAUUUAUCUGCCUGAGAUUUUAUCUGGAGUUAUCUUUAAAAAAAUUAAACAUCUUCACUCCAGUCAUGAGCUAAAGCUGGAAGAAUCAGGGGGAUUAAAUGACUGGUCUCACACUAUCCUGGAGGGUCAGCUUUAGGGAGCAGAUCUUGUGCCCUCUCUGCCAUGCAGAACCUUCUUAACCCCCCUCCCCCAUGGAAUUUGUUUCUAACCUGAGUCUUGGGGCAAAAUGCAUUUGAAUUAUCAGCUGCUCUGUCCCAGAUCUGUGAAGCUAUCUGGGGCCACCCCUGCCGGAGGAAAGAGACCCAACCUGGGCCGACCUCAAGCUUAGCCAACUGCCCAGUCCACUCGGCAGGUCCUUUUAUCGGCGACCACCCGUGUCCAUUCCCAGCAGGUCUCUCACAAACCAGUUAUCUGAAAGAAAAACAUCGACUGAAAUGCAAAUUUUUCACCUUUAUCCUGCUAAAUACGUAAAGUUUCCCACAAAUCGUCGUCCCCAGUCUUACUGGUU